CACGGGCAGCGCGCCGCAGCCCCGGGCGGCCGAGCGAAGCUCCGCGGACUCGCGGUUCGAGUCUCGGUGCGGCGCGGAGCGGAGCGGCCCGCGGCUGAGAGGGAAGGCUUUCAGGUGAGAGCUGGAGAGGGGCCCGAAGGAAGCUCUCCAACCAGACGCCACGCUUAGAUCUUCUCAGCCCCACCUUCACCGAAGCGUCGAGGAAACAGAAACACGUUGAGUGCGAGACAGAAACAGUCUCCGCCAGUCAAGAAACCCUCAAAAGUAUUUUGCCAUGGAUGUAGAAGAUGAAGAAAACAUGAGUUCGAGCAGCACAGAUGUUAAGGAAAACUGCAGUCUGGACGGCGCGCCCCCCAAGGACGGCAGCGCCCCGGGGCCUGGCGAGGGCGCCCCGCUCUCCAACGGGGGCGGCGGGGGCGCCGGCAGGAAGCGGGCCCUGGAAGAGAGCAGCAACGGCCACUCCAAGUUCCGCCUGAAGAAGCGGAGGAGGGCGCCGGGGCCCGCGCUGCCCAAGAACGCGCUGAUGCAGCUCAACGAGAUCAAGCCUGGCCUGCAGUACACGCUGCUGUCGCAGACGGGGCCCGUGCACGCGCCCCUCUUCGUCAUGUCCGUCGAGGUCAACGGGCAGGUCUUCGAGGGCUCCGGCCCCACGAAGAAGAAGGCCAAGCUGCACGCGGCCGAGAAGGCCUUGCGCUCCUUCGUCCAGUUUCCCAACGCCUCUGAGGCCCACCUGGCCAUGGGCCGGAGCCUGUCCGCCAACGCAGACUUCACGUCCGACCAGGCUGACUUCCCCGACGCGCUCUUCAACGGCUUCGAGACCCCGGACAGGCCAGACGGGCCCUUCUACCUGGGCGCCAAUGGCGACGACUCCUUCAGCUCGAGUGGGGACCUCAGCCUGGCCGCGUCUCCCGUGCCUGCCGGCCUGGCCCAGCCACCCCUCCCCGUGCCCCCGCCGUUCCCACCCCCGAGCGGGAAGAACCCCGUGAUGAUCUUGAACGAGCUGCGCCCGGGACUGAAGUAUGACUUCCUCUCAGAGAGCGGGGAGAGCCACGCCAAAAACUUCGUGCUGUCCGUGGUCGUGGACGGGCAGUUCUUCGAAGGCUCGGGGAGGAGCAAAAAGCUCGCCAAGGCCCGGGCCGCGCAGUCCGCCCUGGCCGCCGUCUUUAACUUGCGCCUGGACCAGACCCCGUCUCGCCAGCCCGUCCCCAGCGAGGGCCUCCAGCUGCACUCGCCACAGGUCUUAGCCGAUGCCGUGGCCCGCCUGGUUCUGGAGAAGUUUGGGGACCUGACGGACAACUUCGCCGCCCCCCACGCGCGCAGGAAAGUUCUUGCUGGAAUCGUCAUGACAACAGGCACAGAUGUGAAGGAUGCCAAGGUGAUCAGCGUUUCCACAGGAACAAAGUGUAUUAACGGGGAGUACAUGAGCGAUCGCGGCCUUGCGCUGAACGACUGCCACGCAGAAAUCAUAUCGCGAAGAUCCUUGCUUAGAUUUCUUUACACGCAACUUGAGCUUUACUUAAAUAGCAAAGAUGAUCAAAAAAGAUCCAUCUUUGAGAAAUCCGAGCGGGGAGGAUUUAAGCUGAAGGAGAACGUCCGGUUCCAUCUGUACAUCAGCACCUCCCCCUGUGGAGAUGCCAGGAUCUUCUCGCCACACGAGCCCGUCCUGGAAGAACCAGCAGACAGACAUCCAAAUCGUAAAGCCCGAGGACAGCUGCGGACGAAAAUAGAGUCUGGUGAGGGGACGAUCCCAGUCCGCUCGAAUGCCAGCAUCCAGACGUGGGAUGGGGUGCUGCAAGGGGAGCGGCUGCUCACCAUGUCCUGCAGUGACAAGAUGGCGCGGUGGAACGUGGUAGGCAUCCAGGGGUCCCUGCUCAGCGUCUUUGUGGAGCCGAUCUACUUCUCCAGCAUCAUCCUGGGCAGCCUCUACCACGGGGACCACCUCUCCAGGGCCAUGUACCAGCGGAUCUCCAACAUAGAGGACCUGCCCGCCCUGUACACCCUCAACAAGCCUCUGCUCAGCGGCAUCAGCAACGCGGAGGCGCGGCAGCCGGGGAAGGCCCCCAACUUCAGUGUCAACUGGACGGUGGGCGACUCGGCCAUCGAGGUCAUCAGCGCCACCACGGGGAAGGACGAGCUGGGCCGCGCCUCUCGCCUGUGUAAGCACGCGUUGUACUGUCGCUGGAUGCGUGUGCACGGCAAGGUUCCCUCCAACUUACUGCGCUCCAAGAUCACCAAACCCAAUGUGUACCACGAGUCCAAGCUGGUGGCCAAGGAGUACCAGGCCGCCAAGGCCUGUCUGUUCAGAGCCUUCAUCAAGGCCGGGCUGGGCGCCUGGGUGGAGAAGCCCACGGAACAGGACCAGUUCUCACUCACACCCUGACGGGCGUGCAGCGCGGCCCCAAACCUCGCGGCUGAACCGGGGCAGGUGUGGGAAGUGUGGGAGCUGGACGCGCGGCACCGUCCCCAGGGGCAGGCGCGCGGGGCGCAGGGUCUGGCGUCAGGGUCCCGUGUCACCGCCUGGCAUCUCUCUACGGCAGCGUUCCCCCUUGUGAAUCAUCCAGUGACUGCUUUCAACCUCAGUUUACAUUUAGAAGUUGAGUUCUACUGAGUAGGGCUUCCUGAAGUUUAGGAAAAAUAGAAAUUACUUGUGUGAAAUUCUUGAAUAAUUAAUUUAUUCAGAACUAGGAAUAAGGUUCAUAAAAUAGGAAAUAACUAUGUCAGGUCACUCUUAUGCCACAGUAUUUUAACUGCAAAGAAGCACUUAUAGACGGAGGGAGUGAGGAAAUAGAUAGGAAGCAGUAACCUAAAGAAACUGUACCCCUGUCCACAUGCAGGUCCCCGUUCCCCGUAGGCGCCUCCCUGGGAGAGGACUCCCCGCACGGAGCCCAAGUCCACAGCGCGGCGACCCGCGGUGUGGCGCGUGGCGCAGCCAGGCCCCCGCAGCCUCCAGCGUCCUCUAGACGUUUCUGUGCUCCUCGUAGGACCAUAUCAUGGAAAAUCGUCUCUCGGUUGACUUCUAAAUAAUCAGAGGUCAAACAUGGUCAGUAAGCCUGGCCGCUCAUUUGGGUUUUUUAAGCAGUGUUUGACUUUUAGGGACUAAAGGGACCCACAGGGGCUACUGCACAAGAAAUAACCUAGAAUAUUCCCUCUGGUCCUUCCCCUGAACCUCCUGGAUGUGAAUGACUGUCCCGAGACCUCCACAGGACGGAGAUAGAGCUAAAAUUCGGACACUUCAUACGAAUGUAAUUCAGCCGAGAACGCUGUCACUAAGGCGCACUCCUCGGUGUCCCCUGUGUGUCCCCUGAUGUACAGGCCACACGUGAGCCCUGCAUGAGCUUCCUCCUGCACCAAGACCAGCCAGAACCGAGCAUGAGACCCUGCAGACAGAGGACUUGAGAUGUUCUCAAUAAAACCAUGUUUCACUACCGCAGCCUCGCUGAGAUUCUCUCUCCUCCCUGGUUAUUUCCCUCCUUGGUCCGGAGCAGGGUUUGGGAAGGUGUGGAUGGGCGCCAGCCGAGGGCACUGGGCCGACG